UACAGCCUUGGCCUUUUCUGCCGCUUAAAUCUAUUUUUUAAACUCAAAGGCUUCCGCUUUAUUGAACACAGCCACCAAUCUUUGCUUCAUACCCUCACUUCCGGCUCAAAAAUCCUUCCUUUUUGAUCCAGUCCUCGCCAUUGAUAAGAUGGAAGUCACUCCAUGUGUUCAAGACUUGUCAAGUUGCGACCAAGCCAAGUUUUAUCAGACAAAAUCUGGUGUUAAAGGACUGGUUGACUCUGGCAUUACCAAGAUCCCCAAAAUUUUCAUUCACCCACCUGAGAAUUUGGACCAGUUAUCUCACAAUGCUAGAGAGAUUGGCCUCCAAGUUCCAUUGAUAGACCUAGAAGGGUUUGAAGGUGUUGGAAGGAAGAACAUAGUUGACCAGAUUCGGAAAGCAACAGCAGAGUGGGGUUUCUUCCAGUUGAUUAAUCAUGGAGUUCCAGUUAGUCUGAUGGAUGAUAUGAUUGAAGCUGUGAGAGGAUUCCAUGAGCAACCCAAUGAGGAGAAAAUGAAGAUCUACUCUCAUGAUUCUGAAAAACCGGUUAAGUUCUUCUGCAAUCGAGAUCUACUCACGUGUAGAACCCCAGAUUGGAGGGAUACUUUGGGACUUGAUUUCCAUGAUGGUAAGGUUGACCCUGCACUUCUUCCUCAAAUAUGCAGAGAUUCUGUUAAGGAAUACAUGAAACAAAUGAUUGAACUGAGGAAGCGAUUAUCUCAACUACUCUCUGAAGCUCUGGGACUGAGCAGUGGCUAUCUUGAUGGCUUGGAGUGCAUGGAAAGUCCAUCACUUGAGUGCCACUACUACCCGGCAUGCCCCGAGCCGGAACUGACACUCUGCACACACAAGCAUACAGACCCAGUUUUUCUGACUAUACUCUUGCAGGACUCUACUGGUGGCCUCCAAGUUGGUCAUCAAGAUAUGUGGGUUGACUUGCCUCCAAUGGAAGGAGCUCUAGUGGUGAAUGUGGGUGACUUGAUGCAGCUUAUCACCAACGAUAGAUUCAAAAGCAUGGAGCAUAGGGUAAUCGCUCAAAGGAUCGGCCCCAGGGUGUCGGUUGCAUGCUUCUUCUUACCGAGUCUAACAAACUUCGGUAAACCGUAUGGACCGAUAAAGGAGCUUCUCUCCAACAACCCAGCAAUUUACAGGGAAACUCUUGUCACUGAUUACAUUGUUCACUAUAGGUCUGAAGGACUGGAUGGUAGUCCAAGCCUACCUCAUUUUAAAUUACAGUAAGUUCAUGCUAGUCUUAUGGGAUCAGAGUUAUCAGUUAUGCGUGGUGCCCGUUCGAAUAUCAGCCUGUACUUGUUUCAUCAUUCUGUACAAACCUUAGUUCAUGUUCUCUGUUCUAAGGGAUUUAUAUGCAAUAAAGAUAAUUAUAUAGGUCUCCUA